AUGUCGAGAUUAGGAGAAAAGUUGAAAGUUAGUAAUCAUCGAGCAGAACUUAUCUUGCGAAACAAACCAAUAAACCUAUCUAAGGAACAUGAGUAUUCGAAAUGGAUUGCUUCACAAGCAGAGAUGAAACCGGAAGAUAUUACCGAAGUUAAAUAUUUUCGAUUAAAACUUCUUUCCGAACAAUAUUGUCAUGCGGAGUAUUAUUACCCGGAAAAUGAACCGUAUCGAGUCUAUUUUCAUAAAGUAUCUAAUCGAUGGUUUGUCUAUAAAAGUUACCAGCGUAUCACUGAUUUAUAUGCGAUUGAUCAUUUCAAUACAAAAGUGUAUUAUAUGGGUGUUAUACCGGAUGAUAUUAUGAAACGUGGUGAUUUUUAUGAAAUUAAUGAUUUCAUCUCGACAGUUUUGGUACUACAUGGUGAAUAUAAUCGUAAAUUGGAACUACAACACAUUACAGGUGGUGGAUUUCGACCAGAUUUACGAUCAAUGAAAGGUCGUAAAGUUUUACCAACAUUUUUAGCAUCAUAUGCAAGAGAACAGAAAUGUGGACCAACAAUGAUAAAAGUUUUGAUUGACCGUCAUUUUGCUGAUUUACGAGCCUAUCAACGAGCAAGACUUCAAAAUAUUGAGAAAAAUUUGGAACAAAACAAUAUUGUUGAACAAGUUAAGGCAUGUAAUGAUAUUUUGGCCUUUACAUCAAGUCAUAAGCACUGGGUUCAUGCCCGGAAACAUAUGAGUAAUUAUGCCGCAUUACAACAUAAAAUACGGAAAACAGUUCCAUUUAAACGAUCAUCUGCUACAAGGUUAAUAGUUUUAAAAGAUGUAACUGUGUCGGAUUUAUGCAACGAAUUAAUCGAUUAUCCAAUUUGGGCUGGCUUUCAUUACUAUUUCAUGCGAGUACUCAACAAAAAUGGCCUACAUAUUGUUUAUGAUGAUAUCCAUUAUGCUGUUCAAGAAGGCAACAAAUUACGUCAUUUACGCAUUAUGCCUUCCAAAUAUUCAUAUAAACCACAAGCGACAACAGUUUUUGGUGAAACGAAAGUUUAUAGUAAAGGACAGAUCCCUCUAGAUCAUUGGCCACUUAAUGACUAUCCUCCCAGCAUCGAAUCAGUUUCCGGGUUUUCUACGGUUACAAAAAUGUCGACUGCUACUACGGUUAGUGAUUAA